GAAGUAGCAGCAGAAACACGGAGCAGCGUUCGCACAGCAACACAGCAACAAUAAGACCCAAACGAUGACAUUGUCACAGAGACGACAGCAGCAAACUGUUAUUUGACAACUUGACUUGACCAGUCUCACACCUCGCCUCCGCCGCUCCUCGCUGUAAGUGCCCCGGUCCAACUGCCUGGCCCUCCCAGCCCAUUGGCCCUCCAGUCCAGCAGGACCAUGAUGCUCAGCAGCUCCGUGGAGGUGCCCAGCCCGGGCGGGAUCAGCGGCCUCAGCGGGCUGAGUGCGGCGGCCCGGAACGUGGUGCGCUCCUCCAGCAUCUCAGGGGCCAUGUACAACCUGGAGAAGAGUCCCGGCAGUGGAGGCCCGGACUCUGCAUCUUUGGCUGGCAACAAGAAGCGGCGCUCCAGCCUGGGUGCUAAGAUGGUGGCCAUUGUGGGGUUGUCACAGUGGAGCAAGAGCACACAGCAACUCAACCAGCAAGACGGUGGGACGAAGAAGCUUCGCAGCACCAUCCGACGGAGCACCGAGACUGGAAUCGCCGUGGAGAUGAGGAACAGGGUGACACGGCAGGGGAGCAAAGACUCCACCGACGGUAGCACCAACUCAAACAGCUCCGAUGGAACGUUCGUCUUCCCGACCACGCGCCUGGGGCCCGAGAGCCAGUUCAGUGACUUUCUGGACGGACUAGGGCCGGCUCAGAUUGUAGGCCGGCAGACAUUAGCUACACCCCCCAUGGGGGACGUCCAUGUCGGCAUGGUCGACAGAGGAGGGCAGCUGGAGGUGGAGGUCAACCAGGCCAGAGGGUUGACCCCUAAACCCGGCUCCAAGAACAUACCAGCGACUUACGUGAAGGUGUACGUCCUGGAGAAUGGAGUGUGCUUGGCUAAGAAGAAAACCAAAGUAGUGAAGAGGAAUUUGGACCCCACCUACCAGCAGGCUCUGUUGUUUGAUGAGAGUCCUCAGGGCAAAGUCCUACAGGUAAUAGUGUGGGGGGAUUACGGGCGUAUGGACCACAAGUGCUUCAUGGGAAUGGCCCAGAUCCUUCUGGAUGACUUGGACCUGUCUGCCACAGUCAGCGGCUGGUUCAAGCUGUUCCCUACCUCCUCUCUGGCAGACCCCAGCAUCGGACCCCUCACCAGACGCCUCUCUCAGUCCUCCCUGGAGAGUGCCACUAGCCCCUCAUGCACCUAGGACUCACCUCACUCUCCUCCCCCCUCCACCCCUCCCGUAGACACACACAUGCACAGGCGCAGGUAGAGUCAUGCAGACACGGACCCACGUACUGUACAUACACGACUACUGUAUCUGAAGUAGGUAGGCAUACACACACACAAUCACACGCAUACGUACACCUGUGCAGGAAAACAAGUGACAUAAUCAUCAGACAUGAACACUCACUUUACUGACGCGCCGCCAUAUCUCCUAAUGGAUGUUAUGCUCUUAUUUUCUCCCUCACUCGAUUAGUGUUUUUGUUUGACAUCAUCUGAGCAAAUCCCCAACGUAUUUUACCAGAACAUGUAGCAUUUUUUCCACCAUCAACUGCCCACCGUGACACGACACUCGCAGCACUGCGUGCCAUGCUCUGCGUGCCAGGCUCUGCGUGCCAUGCUCUGCAUUCCAAGACACCAGAUCUCUGUGCCAUGACUCACAACCAGGGCCAUCGACAUGCCAGUUUCUAUACUCUCUAUGCCAAACUAACACAAAAAAACUUUAUUUUUUAAAAACCAAAGCAAUUGUUAUUGUUGUUAUAAUUACUAUAAGUAGUAGGUGAACUAGUAUAUGAUAUUUAAAAGUAUGGAUAUGUAGCAGAGUCGAUGACUUAGAUGUAUAAUGCAAAAAAAAUACAACAAAAAAUGGAAAAACAUUCUACACACACACACACACACGCACACACACACACGAGCUGAGAACAGUAGGCCAAACAUAUACAUACUUGGAUGUGCACAUAAUGGCUAUUAUGUGAGGUAGCAACACGGCUAUUCUUUAAUUUUCACAGGGCAGAGUUUAUAUAUAUAUAUUCAUAUACAUAUAUAUAAAUAGAUAGUUAUAUACUUAUUUGUGUUUAUGUACGUAUCGGCUGCAUUCUGCAUGUUUGCUUGCGAUCCUCGUAGAGACGAUUUUAAAAAGCGCUUUGCUCCUUUUUUUCUUCUUAAUUUAGCUCGACCUUGACCAAUGCAACGAGAGUUUUAGUGCCAGAUUUAAGAUUUACUUUGCCGUCCGUCCUGAAAAAGUGCACUGCACUGAGUUAGGGAGAAGGACGGGGGGCUUCAGUGACAGGGAGAGCGCGACCGUCACCAUCCGCAAAAAGAAGAGAACAAAUCACACAGCUGCACAUUUGCAGAGGAACACGUUUCUGAUCUUGCCUUCAUUUCGAGGAGGAGGGACUGUUGUACCGCAAGGCACUCGGCACAGAAGCUCUUUUCCAGGGUUUUCUUGUGUUCUACAUCCUGGGGGUGCCACAGUGUCCUUCUCUCUCUCUCUCUCUCUGUAUACCAGCACCUAGACUUGUUUGAACUUCCUUGUGGUAUCCCCUGUUUUAUGUUGUGGUUGUUCCUGGACUCUUCCUGGUUGGUGAAAGUAAGCGGGGAGGUUGCGAGUGUGCCUCUGGUCUCUUUUUGAAGUCUUGUCACAUCACCGCAGGUAAACGUGCACACAGAUUUUUACCAGCUUCGACCUUUAAGUCUCCUACUGUCUCUCUGGUCACUCUUCUUCCUCUCUGUCACACUGACUGUAACAAAGAUUUUUCUCUUUUUUAUUUGUUGCAAAACGUGUCAACGUGUGUUUUUUCUUUUUGAUAUCCGACUAUUUACGCUAGACUAAUUUGCUAGCAGGGUGAUUGUUCACCUGCAAUAUUUAUAUGGUACUUCAACUUGUUUCAGGUGCAGUACGUCAAGUCGAAUCAAUCUUAUUUCCUAUUUGCUUUCAGGCAAGCGUGUUUGUGUUCAAGAUGGCACUUUAUUGAUCAAUAAGUCUGAUGUUUUUUUCUAAACCUGUGGUGGUUGACCACAAUUUAGUUUAUUAUUAUUAUUAUUAUUAUUUUGAAUUUGGUCUCAAAACAGUGAUGGAAUGGUAACCAGAGUCUAUUAUGAACUGAAAUGUAAGGGCCAAAUGAAACCGCUGAAACAGGUCAGUCUUGCCUUUUUGCAUCUGAAUUUACGAUGUUAAAAUCUAAUUUUAUUUACAAACAAAUUCACAUGUUUCUAUUCCUUUUGGGAAACAUUUUGAGACAUGCAGAUGCUUUGAACUGAAUCACGAUAUUUAUGUUUAAUGGAUUUAAAGAAAGGUAAUACUGAUCCAUCAGCUGUUUUUACUUAAACGUGCAAUGAGUGGUUGAGACUUCACUGACAGCUGCUGGCAUUUCCGGGUUUCUUUUUAGAUUAAGAAAAGUGUAUUCAUGUCAAGUGUUCUCUGUCUCUGUCUCGGGGGACAACGCCGAACUUUGUAUAUAGAGAAAGACAGAAAAGACUGUUGUAUUUCCGUGGUGUUGCAAGCGCUGACAGGCCCAAGCUACAGCCUAUUAUAAGCCUGUCUGUGUUUAUGAGCUUGCAUUUGGUUUAAGCACCACCAUAUAUAUGUGUAUGUAUACACACACAUAUAUAUGUGUAUGUAUACA